AUGACUAGUUUUGAAGAAUAUCGUUGGUAUGGAUUGCAAAUGUACAACAGGGAUGAUUUGUACGAUGCUGGCUUCAACCAGAUUAUUUCCAGAUAUUGGGAAUGGAACAAUAGUGCAGUAAACCAUACUUUAGCCAGGAGGUCAGGUCCGUUUGCAGAACUUUUGAAAAAGAAACUGCCUCCGUUUCUUCCCGACAUGAAAAAUCCCUGUUGGUAUGAUGAUGACAAUGACCGGAGAACGGUUUGGAUAGAAUAUUUGUGCAGUAUGGAUAGUGGGUAUGCAAGUAGGCUGUGUAAUCUAUAUUCCGGAAAUAGAAAGACCAAGAAAAAAAUUCUUCGCUGCCUUCCAUACUUUAUGUUGAUUGGCCAACCAAAAAGUGGCAGCACCGAUCUCUUUAAGCGAAUUGUGCAACACCCGGAUGUCAGAUCGAGCAUUUCUAAGGAACCGCAUUGGUGGACAAGAUAUCGUCAUUGUCGCGAAAAAAUGCCGCAUUCGUUUACGGAAUAUACAGACUAUUUUAGCUAUGUUGCGGAAACAUUACACGUUGCUGAAAAGUCUGCGAAGAUGCAAAUUAUCACAGGAGAAGGGAGCCAGUCGACUUUAUGGGAUCACCAAUGGUGGUGGGAAUACCCAGAAAAUGAGGACGAUAAGGGACCUGGGAUACAUAACGCCCACUUCAUACGUCAUAUACUGCCGGAUGUGAAGUUAUUGGUAAUUCUUAGGAAUCCAGUGGAACGAUUAUUUUCCGAAUAUUUGUAUUUUUUUCCCGAUGAACAAAAGUCGGUCGAUAUAUUCAACAACUACGUUACUCGUGCAGUCCAUUCGUUUAAUACUUGUUUGGCCAACAACAGUCUUCGUCAUUGCGCCUACAAAGAAGCUACAGACGUCCGACUAAGACUAAUGAUUGGCUUAUAUGCCGUAUUCCUUAAAGACUGGAUGGACGUUUUCCCCCGGAAACAGCUACUUGUUAUUUCUUUAGACAAUUAUUCUGCGAACCAAUCAACGGUCUUGUCGAAAGUUUUCAAGUUCUUAGGUUUACGUAACUUUGAGAGCAGAAGAACCAAGCGUACACGUUUUAAUCAACGUAGACCGUCAAGUCGACAAAUAGGAGAUAUGCUCAACGAGACAAGAUUGGUGUUGGAAAGGUUUUACAGGCCAUUUAAUAAGGCACUCUCUUUGUUAAUGAACGAUACUAGUUUUCUAUGGGAAACAGCAUUUACCUGA